AAGUUUGCAAACAUGGUUCUCGAAUUAACAUUUGUCAUUGAAAUGAUUACAUCGUUUGCAAAGCUAUGCUAUAUUGAGCGUGUUCAAACCUUCGUUCCUUGCUUUUUUUUCUGUUCUAAUAUAUAGCACCGGCAAACGGUGUACGUUGCGCACUUCCAUCAAUAAUUUAAUUCAUCGAAGCAUUUAUUCAGUGAAUUUCUAAAAAAGUUUCGAUCGAAAAUACUUGACGAUCGUAUACAGAAAUGAAUGAAACGUUAAGCUAUAACAGCAAGUGAUCAAUGGAACAUCAGACUUCGCGCUCGCGCCGUCGUACUGCUGACGUCUGUGCAUGUCGCUUUCUUGCUUCGAAUGUUUGUAAUUACAUCAGUGAAAAAAUAGAUCAAUUCGCGAAGUGCAUACCAUUCGUGAAUUAAAAUUGUGCAUAAUGGUGAAUUCAACGAUUGCAUUAUCAUUUAUGUUUUAAUACUCGUUCCUCGUGCAGUUAAAUCUGUCGUGAUACAUAAGUAUCGACUGGUCGAAUAGUCAUUCGAAAUCAGCAUGGUAUUCCAAUGCUUGUAAUCAUUUAAAUGUUUAAUAGAUCCAUAAUGAGCUCUCAACCAAUUGUGGUACCCGGCGGUGAUCUUCGAUGCCAAUCGGAUACUCAUUCUGUGUCCGUUGGAAGUGGGUCCGAUUCUUUUAAAACUAUGACACCGCCAAAUGUUAGCCGCUCUCUUAGUAAUCGUAUGAGUGACCGUGGAUGUGGUACAUUACCAAGUAAGCUAGAACCAGUGGAUCAACAACUACGACGGAGCAGUGCUCAAGUACAAUGUGCAACAUUACCUAAACUUCCAUCAACAGAGUCCCUAUCAACAAGUGUAAAUUUAACAACUGCUGCACCUCCACUAUCUCCAGGGCUAUCUGCAAUGGGGGAACCUAAUCAGAAAACAGAUAACGCAUCGGACAAAUCUUUGGAUUCCUGUAAAUUAACAAGAAAGGAGUCAUACAAAGCUCAAAGAAAGAAUUAUCGAAUGGAAAAAAAAAGAGUUGCCAAUGAACUUUUAAGAUCAUUUAAGGAUCCAACUGUUAUUGUGAUGAACGAUUGGCUUAAAGUUCGUGGAACAUUGAAGAGUUGGACCAAAUUAUGGUGUAUUCUGAAGCCUGGUUUGCUGCUACUGUACAAAAGUCCAAAAACAAAAAGUAGUCACUGGGUGGGAACAGUCUUACUUAAUACGUGUCAAGUGAUAGAACGCCCAAGCAAAAAGGAUGGGUUUUGUUUUAAAUUAUUUCAUCCCUUGGAACAGUCAAUAUGGGCUCCAAGAGGACCAGAAAAAGAGGCUAUUGGAGCUGUUGUACAACCAUUGCCAUCUUCUUAUUUGAUCUUUAGAGCUCCUUCACAGGCAGCUGGUAAAUGUUGGUUGGAUGCACUUGAACUAUUUUUAUGUUGUUCCUCGCUAAAAGUACGUUCUACAAGUGCAUUGCCUCGUGCUCUCCCACAUGAUACUACAACAACUCAUGAAACUCAGUGGAGCGAGGCAGAUUAUGAAAAACAUUUUGACGAACACGACCUGGACGACAUUAGCCAACCAGAAAACGGAGUAGCAGCCGACGCAGAAAUUAGUGCUUCUGAUAGUGAAUCCGAAGGAUCAGCUAAAGAAGAUCAACCAGAAACAAUCAACGAAACUCCGUAUGUUGCAAACGAAAAUGAAGUUCUUGGAGUGGCAGGAGAAGUUGUUACAGAAUUACAGGAAGAACAAAAGUCUUUAAUAUGGUUCUUGGUGAAGCAAGUUCGACCAGGCAUGGAUUUAUCAAAAGUAGUUCUACCAACCUUUAUUCUAGAACCCCGUUCGUUUUUAGAGAAGUUGGCUGAUUCCUAUUAUCAUGCGGAUUUGUUGUCUCAAGCAGUAGUAGAAGAUGAUGCAUUUACACGCAUGAAAGGAGUUGUUAAGUGGUAUUUGUCUGGUUUCUAUAAAAAACCUCAAGGAUUGAAAAAACCAUAUAACUCACUUUUGGGUGAAACUUUCCGUUGCUAUUGGCAACAUCCUAAUGGUUCAAGAACUUUCUAUAUAGCUGAACAAUUGUCUCAUCAUCCACCUAUAUCAGGGUUUUAUGUUACAAAUCGUCAAGAUGGAUACACCAUUAGCGGUACAAUUAUUGCUAAAUCCAAAUUUUAUGGAAAUUCGACAUCAGCCGUGUUAGAUGGUGUCGCGAUAUUGACAAUGUUACCCAGAGGAGAAGAUUAUACAAUGACUAUACCCUAUGCUCAUUGCAAAGGUAUCCUUAUGGGUACAUUGUCUAUGGAAUUAGGUGGAAAAGUCCAUAUAAAUUGUGAGAAAACUGGUUAUCAUACUGAAAUAGAAUUUAAACUUAAGCCUUUGUUUGGCGGCGCAGAACAAAUGAAUCAAGUUACAGGAUCAAUACGUCUUGGAAAGGAAACUUUAGCUACUAUAUCAGGAUACUGGGAUGGUGAAAUUUUAAUUACCGAUAAGAGGGCAGGGCAAGAAAGCAUAUUCUUCAAUCCAACUCCAGAAGUACGUAGAAAAAGAUUAAAGAAAUAUACUGUACCUUUGGAACAUCAAGGUUCAUGGGAAAGCGAAAAAUUAUGGUACGAUGUUACGCAAGCAAUCAAUCGAGAUGAUCAGGUUGCCGCUACUGAUGCUAAAACCCAAUUGGAAGAAGCUCAAAGGGAACGCGCUAAAGAACGAAAACUUAAAGGGCAAGAAUGGAUUCCUAAAUAUUUUGUUCAGGAUAUUAUAACGGGUAACUGGGUUUAUCGACACGCGGACAUCCGACCGUGGGAUCCUAGGAAUGAUGUCGUGCAAUACGAACAAGAUUAUAUCGUACGUACUAAAACUAGACACAAAACACCAAUUAUGCGUGCUGGUAGUAUCGUGUCAGCGGAUCCACAAGCACAGGUUCCACUUCUUCAAGCAGAAUCCCGUUCUUCGCUCUCUGUAUUAAAAUCUUCAAAAAGACAAUUAUCUAACAAUUUGCCAUUAACAGAGACAGUUCAUGAUUCUGGAAGUUCAUCUGCAGAGGUACACUCAGAUUCUAGUCAGUCGAUAAACAAAAGAAAGCGUUCCGCCGCAAGAAUAAUAGAUGUUAUUAAAGAAGUAGAACGCCAAAUGGUGGAAUAUGGUGAUAAGCUCAAUCGUAUACAACAUAUAAUAGAGCAACUUGCUAUAAGACAAAGAGAACAAGGUGAUCAACAUCAUAGUAUAAGUAUGUUAAAAAACUUCAUAGAUACAAUUGUUGUUAUUGUAAUUGUUUUUUCUGUACAAUACUUUGUUAAAAUAUGGAACGAAGAACCCAGCGGAGGUUGAAGAACCUGGUAAGAUCAUAGUAUACAUUUUAUAUGUUAUUUAUCUUGUCUCAAUUCGAAUUAUCAGCUUUUCUCUAAAGAGCCUUAAAGGAAAAAAUUUCGACGUUUAAACUACCUAAUUUACACGUGUUUUUGGUGGAGGAAAUAAAGCACGUUGUUUUGGUAGAAUGUUGCUAAAGAACAGAAUAAAAAAUUCAGAGAUUUUGAGAAACAUCUGUAAUAUUACAGUGCAAUCUUGUUUUACUUAUCGUUUUAAAAGCUUUAGUUAACGGUACAUAGAAUAAUCCUUUCUUUAAGUUUACUUUCUAGUGAUUCUUUUCUAGGGUUUCUUUUCUAGUGAUUAGUGUAAGAUUUCGAAAUUUCAUUAAAUGGUUUUUGCAACAGCAAAGAAUUUUACAGAAGAAAGAGAUUGCAAACUUCACAGUUUCUUUGAGCUUACGAUGUACAUACAUAAUAUUUUAUAUAAUAGUGCACGGGAAAUAAUUAUAUUUAUUCAGAGAUUCUAACGAUGUUGUAGUCUUUACUGCAGUCGCUCAAUAGUAAAGUAUAAUGAUAAUAAUAAGAUCACUGUAUAAAUAUGAUAGAAUACUUCUACAAAUUUAACUAUAUUAUUCUGAAGUAAAAAGAACGAGAAAAAGGGCAAGCUAAUUGCAGUUCCAAGUUGAAUAUAAUAUAAAUUUUACAGCAGUUACCAAGAAAUGAUAGCUCGAAAAUAUUAUUAACUGGUCACCAGUAUUGUUAUUAGAUAAUUCGUAAUGAAAUAAGCAUCAAGUAUUAAUAUUACUCAUAUAAUAUUGAACGAAAAUUUCGUCCAAAAUUUUUGAAGAUAGCUUAAGCCAUGAAUUUGUUUUAUAUCAUUCAUAUUUUUGUAUUGCUGAAUUUAUUGCAACAUAUUUUAUAAGAAUUGCACUACUACGUUUCACGUUUAAGGAGAUCCGUAUCGAGAAUGUUGUUAUUUACUUCGGUAAAUUAUAACAGAUUUUAAAUACGGAUGCCUACAAAUUAUAGCAGCUCUAAAAUUUAAUAUACGUAAAUUUCUUGCAACUUUAAAAUUUAUCAUAAUUCAUGAUACGCAAAAAUGUCGAUUCUCUGAGCGAAGUGCUUUCCUAAUAAAUAUAUCUAAAUCUGUAGCAACUGUGACAUUAAAGCGAGGAGUUAAAGGUAAUUAAUUUUAAUUUUCAGUCUUGAUGAUAUGUUACCUCAAGUUACGAAAAUUUACAAAAUAUACUAAAUCCUAUGCGGAUUUUUUUGGUAGUACCUACACGAGAAUAAAGCAUUUGUCAGUAUUGAAUAGUAAUUCAGUAGUAAGCACAAUUGGCUUUUAACAAAAUAACAUGCAAUGAAAAUUAAUUAAUGCUUUUAUAACGUUAUAAUAUUAUAAGAGUCCUUUACAAAUUUCAGUAUUUUUCCAAAUUCAAAGAGAUACAGUGUGCAGAUUAUAAUAGAGUAAGUAACAGCAAUAUGUUUGUUUAAAUAAUGGUGCAUUUAGUAAUGUAGGUUAUCUAGUUUUCGCGUGGGACUAAAUAUUCACAUAAACAACAGUAACAUAGAUAUUGAGUAUUAUGUUUUAAAUUGGUUAAAGUUAAAUUUAAUUUAUACUUUUGUUAAUGUUACAUUCAAAAUUUUAAUGCAUCAGAUGAUAAUAAACCAUUCUAUUUAUGUUGGAAUCUUUAUUUGUAAAAAAUUCAUUCUUCUAUUAUCACAUUAAAACAUAUAUUUUGUGCUUCUUAGAACACUGCAAUUAGCUAUGAACUUUCCUAUAAAUGUUUUAACCACUUUAAACAGUAAUGAGCAUGAAAAUACAAGUUCUUUGAUAUUACCAUAUAAAUUGUAGUCUAAUAAAUUUUAUUAUAUAGCUUUUUACAACUGUAAUUAUCGAAUUUCUCAAAGUUAGUUCAAAUUACCUAAAUCGUCUUCUGAAUUAAUAUUUACGAUAUGUUGCACAAAUAUUUAUAAUAGCUUUUGGUUUAUAUGAUUCUUACUAUUUAACCUUCUUUCACUGUACCUAAUUACAAUUAUUAGAAAUUAUUAUUAUUAAAAUCAGAAUUAAAAGAGUUUAAAAGAGUUAUUAACAAUGCAGACAAGUGUAUUGUUAGCUCUUAUCACAUUUCACAUGUGGUGCUAUCUAUUGUGAAAUAGAUUAUUUUUUGUAAUGUUUAUCACAAACUAAAAUAUUUUUCGUAGAGUACCUGAUGUAUUUGUAUUGUAAUUUAUUUAAGUCGUGUCUUUCUACAUUACGGGUAAAAUAGUGCGAGCAUUUGGAGAUUUAUCAAAAUUUUAUGUUUUUUAAUAAUUACUUCUCGAUAUUUGUUUGUUGGUUAUGGUUUACUGGCACGAUUAAAGAUUUGUUAUUAAUAAAAAUUAUCAAAGUCAGAUGUAAGAUGUCAGGAAAUAGAUAGUUAUUGAAAUAUGUUAUAAAUUUUAAAUAUACGUAUUUUAUAUGAUUAAAGGGAUUAUAUGUAUAAGUGAUUCUUAAGAAUAUAUUACAUUAGCUCUAUUAAUGCAUAUAUAUGUAUAUAUAUGUAUAUCUUUUUAAAUGUUUGCAUUGUUUCGGUUAAUUGUUUACACUAAGAGCAGAUAAAUAUUGUAAGUAAUAUAUAAUGCUAUGACAAAUAAAUAACGUCUAAAAGUAAUUUCGAAUUACUUACUGUUAUUUUUUUGUUUUUUGUUUUUUUCGGAAACAUUUGGUAUUUCUCAUUCAAAGUUAAAGGUCUUGUGGUUACAAAAACAAUAAAACUGAGUUUUAUUUACUUAGAAAUUUCAGUAACCAUUCGACGAUUUCUAAAUUCAGUAAGAAACAAAAAUGUGCUCGGACCGACAAUGUUUUCGAGACAGCAACCAUGAUUCUCGUAACAUAAGAUAUACAGAUAUAGAAAAUGAUAUCUCGCAUACAUCAUGUAAGAUGCAUAUUAUAAAUUUAUUGUAAGGUUAUCCUGUAUAUUUACGUAUUCAGAAGUAAAAAAAAAGCAAUAUUUUGUUCUCAAAAUAUAUUAUCUUAUAUUACCUCAAUUAUACGUAAAAUGAUUUCAUA